AUGUCAGGGACCCUGGGUGGAAAGAAGUGGACAGCAAAGGCAGAGAGGCCCUGGAUGAGUGACACUGAGGAGUUCCCAUUCCUGGAGUGUGCGCUGCAGAAACCAGCAGUGAAUGUGAAGAAAAUGGAGAAUUUGAAGAUAAAGGUGGAGUGGAAGGUGACAGAAAUGAAAGAGAAGCAGAAGCAGAAGCAGAAGCAAAAGCUCACGGAAAAGUGGAAACACACAGAGAAGACAGAUGCCAAGGAGCUAGGCUUGCUGCGACAGUGCCUGGGACCUGGCUGUGUGUACCCCACCCGGCCAGGCUCCAAGUACUGCUCGGACGACUGUGGCAUGAAACUAGCAGCUGACCGCAUCUAUAGGAUUCUGCCCCAGCGCAUCCAGCAGUGGCAGAAGAGUCCCUGCAUUGCUGAGGAGCAAGGCAAAAAAAUGCUGGAGCGCAUCCACCGUGAGCAGCAGGACAUUCACACUCGCCUGAAGGACAUAGAGUGCCAUUUCCAUGAACUUGAGGCCAUAAUUCUGCGCGGCAAGCAGCAGGCUGUGUGCAGCGAUGAGGAGGUGAAUGGGAAUGACAGGAACAGCGUAAACCUGCAGAUCUUCUGUGUCUCCUGCGGGGAGUCAGUCAGCAUGCAUGUUGCCCUGCGCCACAUGGAACGCUGUUUUGCCAAGUAUGAGUGCAAGAUGUCCUUCGGGUCCAUGUAUCCCACUUGCAUUGAAGGGGCCACAAGGCUCUUCUGUGAUGUUUACAACCCAAAGAGUAAGAGGUACUGUAAAAGGCUCCAGGUGCUGUGCCCUGAGCACUCAAGAGAUAACAAGAUAUCCGAUGAUGAGGUGUGCGGUUGCCCACUAGUGCACAAUGUCUUUGAGGUCACUGGUAAUUUCUGUUGCCUCCCCAAACGCUUGUGCAACCUCCACUACUGCUGGGAGAAGCUGCGGCGCGCCGAGGUGGACCUAGAGCGCAUUCGUGCGUUGCACAAGCUGGAAGAGCUAGUUGAACAGGAGCACAAGGUGCGCACAGCUAUGACGAACCGGGCAGGGCUGCUGGCUCUGAUGCUUCACCAGACAAUCCAGCAUGACCCACUCACCACUGACCUGCGCUCCAAAGUAGACAGCUGA